AUGUCUAAACUCCUGAUCGGAUCAGCCCUUCUGGUACUUCUUGUUCAUGUUGCCAAUGCCUGUUUCUCCUCAGGAAUUGGAUGUUGUGGCCCUCCGCCUCCCGCUCCCGUUUGUGCUGGAGGUUGCGGGGGUGGUUAUGGCUGUGGGCCUUAUGGCUGUGCCCGGCUGAAGGCCCGCGGCUCCAAGACUUUGAAGAUUAAGGAUGUCGACGAUGCCGAGGUACGUCUCUAAUUACUGUUAUUUACGAGCACUUUUAUUUACUGCUCAUGUCAUAAUUUACGUCUCGAAUUCUACUAUAUAAUUAGAAGAGUUGACUCGUGUAAUUAAUUUAAUCGUUAUUUACAGACCGAGGAGGUUGAGAAGGCGCCGCAGACUCCGGAUGAGAAGUUCAUGGCCUGCUGUCUCUCCCGCCGUCUCCCAGAUCAAUGUCUCAACAAGUGCAGCUUCUCUUCUUACAAUCGAAAUGCUCUCCAAGUAAGGAUAUUACGUCAAUUGUUAAUGAGGACGUUAUCCAGAUGAUUAUUUUGUUUUUUUCUCACAAAUUGGAGGUUCUAGGACAUAGUUAGGGAUUUGCAAGUUUUAAUUUGGCCCAUGCAGACCUCGAAGAUUAAGUCCGACGACUGAUUGGCUACUUAAAAUGGAGUCUAAUGCAAUUAUAUUUGCAGAACAUGUACUUCCGGGCCGACAGCUGUCCCAUGCAGGCUGCUGCUGAUCUCCAAUUCUGUGCUGCUCAGGGCCGGGACCAUCGUGAAUGUUGCGCUAGGAAUGGAGUUGGGGCAACUGUGGCUGGACAAAAGUGUCUUCUCUUCUGCGAUCAACGUCCGGGGAACACAACUCAGUUGGAUCUGAGUUAUAUGAGUUGUUUCGACAAGUUCGAGAACAUGAAAGGCUGCUUCUGGCAUGACAUUGUGGAGAGAACCAAGCGAGUUCAGCCUUUCAGAAAAUGA